GCUACUGGCGUGUGUGUGUGUGUGUGUGUGUGUGUGUUUUCCAAUCUGCAGCUACCGGCCCCUCCCUGAGCCGCCCCUCUCCACCAGCCGGGCACGGGGCGGGGGAGCGGCGGGGGCCGCUGGGGCGUGGGAGAGGAAGGGCCUCACUAUUGUGGCGGGCGGGGCCGGGCGCUGAGGCCUUGGGGUGGGGACCGGGUAAGGGGCCCGAAAGCAGAGUCGAUCCAGAACUGCCGGGAAUGCGGCGCACAGCGAGGGUGAGACCCCAGCGGAGUCCUCGUCCCCUCCUCUAAAAUCCCCGCAGCCAGGCUGCGAACACCAGCGGACUCGGGAAACACACCGAAUCCCAGCCCCGGAGGUGGGCCCGCCAAGUUCUAGAAAAACUCUGGGCAUCUAACGAGAGGGCACUUGGCAGGACUGGGCACUUCCUUUCCUUCUCCCUCCCAUUGUCCCCAGAAAUCUUCCCAUCCCUCCACCUUCCCAAGCCCUAAGGCCUCUCAGGCUCUCCUUUCAGGGCAGUGGGGGUUGGCGAUGUCCAGCUCCUGAGCACUCUUGCAAGGAGGCAAGACAAGGGGUUCAGUUCCGUCCCUUAUCUGAAAUGGGAGGGGGAAGGGAAUUAUGGAAAGAAUCCAGUGCUAGGUGGAGGUGGAGUUUGGUGGCCUUUGGGGAGAUGGAAAGGGGCAGUGCUGUCAGGCGAAGUGGCUACUCCUGGUGUGAACAGCCCAUCCUGGCCGCCUUCCACGGGAAAUCUGACCUGAGAGACAGAAGAGGAAGGAAGCAGCCUUUGCCACCAAUGUCAGUGCAGAACUCUGGAUGGCCCCGCCAAGAGGACAGCCCCAACCCCCAGGAGCCAGGUCCACCAGCCAACUCAGACAGUGACUCAGGCUACCUGCCGGGCGGGGACCCUGAGGAUACCUCUGCUCAGGGUCCUGCUGUUCUGGGCCUGGGUUCCCUUUGCCUGGACACCAACCAAGCCCCCAGCUGGACUGGGCUUCAGACCCUCCUGCAGCAACUCCCUCCACAGGACAUUGAUGAGCCCUACUGCCUGGCCCUUGGGGAGGAGGAGCUGGCCGAGCUGCGGCUCUUCUGUGCCAGGCGGAAGCAGGAGGCCCUGGGACAGGGGGUGGCCCGCCUGCUACUUCCCAAGCUUAAAGGACACACCUGUGAGAAGUGCAGGGAGCUGCUGAAGCCAGGGGAGUACGGAGUGUUUGCAGCCCGGGCAGGGGAACAGCGCUGCUGGCACCAGCCCUGCUUUGCCUGCCAGGCCUGUGGCCAGGCCCUGGUAAACCUCAUCUACUUCUACCAUGAUGGACAACUCUACUGCGGCCGUCAUCAUGCAGAGUUGCUGCGCCCACGCUGCCCGGCUUGUGACCAGCUGAUCUUCUCUCGGCACUGCACCGAGGCAGAGGGACGGCACUGGCAUGAGAACCACUUCUGUUGCCAGGACUGCGCCGGGCCCCUGGGCGGGGGACGUUAUGCCCUGCCUGGGGGAAGCCCCUGCUGCCCCAGCUGCUUCGAGAACCGCUACUCGGAUGCAGGCUGGAGCUCGGCUGGGGCACUGGAAGGGCAGGCGUUCCUUGGAACAGGGGAGACUGGACCCGACCGAACUGAAGGAAGGGACCAAACCUCGCUGAACUCUGUGACCCUCUCCCGAACACUCCUCGCUGCUGCCGGCUGUUCCAGCCUGCAAACUCGGACGGGGCUGCCUGGAUCCAGUCCCCAGCAGGAGAGCCGACCUGGGGACAAAGCGGAAGCACCCAAACGGCAGGAGCAAUGCCGCCUGAAGACUCCUCGUCAUCCCAAGGACACUCCUUUCCCCACCUACUCCUCUUCCUCUGACUCGGAACCUGAAGGCUUUUUCUUAGGCGAGCGCCUUCCCCUGUCCUGGAAGACCCCCGGAAGCCUCCAAGCAGAGGACAGCAACGCCUCUAAGAAGCACUGCACCGUGUGCUAGAGGCGCAGCUCAGAGAAGGGGGUGUGAAUGGGGGAAAAGAAGUCUAUAGAGCGGGAGAACAAGGCUAUCCUCCCCCUAGAAAAAUCCUAGACUGAAACGCAGUCAUGCGCACGCCCAUGAGAGGCGGCGAGGUGACAAGUUUGGAGUGCACCCCCUUCAGCACUGCGUGUUCUAGGACUUCUGGUGGAGAGCUUUUUGGCAAAACCCAUUGUCCAAAGCUACGCUUCCCUUGCUGAGAUAGCCCCCACCCCCACCUCCACAGGCUGGGACAGCCCCGUCCCCACC